AUGCCUCGCUCACUGUCGUUGGUCGAGGAAGCCUCCGUUGCUCGAACAGGUGGGGAGUCCAACAUUCCACUCGUUGACCUGGGUGCCCUGAAAGACAGCACCAACCCUGAAGCAGCACUGAAUGCCGGCAAACGUCUUGUGGAUGCUUUCAGAGUAUCGGGCUUUGCCUAUGUGAAGAACCAUGGAAUCCCCGAAGAGACUAUCAAGUCCGCCUUUCAGUGGAGCGAGAAGUUCUUUUCCCUCCCGCAGGCUGAGAAGGACAAGGCGCCGCAUCCGCCCGAGGGAUGGUGGCAUCGCGGUUACUCCGGCAUUGGCCGAGAAAAGGUGUCGCAAAUGGUAUUUGACGCCGAAGAAAUCAGCGAGCUGAGGAAAAAACCAGACUUCAAGGAAUCAUACGAGAUUGGGCGCGAGGACGACGAUCACCUGCCCAACAUCUGGCUCCCCGAGGAGUCGCUCCCCGGGUUUCGGUCAUUUUUCAACAAUUUCUACGAGGUCUGCUAUCAGCUCGAACUCCACCUGCUCCGCGCCAUGGCUCUCGGCAUGGUCCUGGACGAGGACUUCUUCCGGGACCAUCAUGUGAUGAAAGACAACCAGAUCCGCCUCCUCCAUUACCCGCCUGUCGAGGAGAAGCUCUUGCGCGCCGGCAGGGUCGAGCGGCUGGGAGCGCACUCGGACUUUGGCUCCAUGACGCUCCUCUUCCAGGACGAGGUCGGCGGCCUCGAGGUAGAGGAUCCCAACGAGGAGGGCCGGUUCUUGCCCGUGUCGUCCAUCCCUGGGACGAUCGUGGUCAACAUUGGCGACUUCAUGCAGCGGUGGAGUAACGACACUCUGCGGUCCACCGUGCAUCGUGUACGAGCGCCGCCACUCGAGACGAACGAGAGCGGUAACCGCGUGACCCGGGCACGGUAUUCGAUUCCGUACUUUAUCGGCGCUGAUCAGGAGAAGACGGUAGACUGCGUGCCUGGCUGCUACGGCUCCGGUAGGCCGAAGAAGUACGACCCGAUAAACAGUCGCGAGUACAUCGAGAUGCGACUGAAUGCAUCGUAUUAG